AUCGACCCAAAUGCAAACCAAUUACGCUUGAUUUGACAUGAAUUAAAGCAGUUACCGGUUCUGACAAAAAGAAUGUGCAAGAACUAAGUUUUCAGAUUCUUCCCUGAAUGAAGAACCUUGGGUCUCUGGCAAAACUCAUAUGUAUUUUGCGUCACGAAAAAUAUUCGUAAACCCUCGUCUCUCUCUCUCUCUCUUUCUCUGUGCACAAGGUAAAAUUGAUGUCUCUACGGUUCAGUGAAGCUAAGAUCGACCUCCCUGCUGCGGUGAAGGUCGACCACCAAUCUCGGCCCUGUAACCAUUAAGAGCAAGCAGCAUCGAUUCAGGAUGGCAACCAGGGCUAUAGUUUGCUUCUUGUAGAUGGUCAGGAUGGCAACCAGUCUUAAGUGUCCAAGAAUCCAGGGUUAAAUUUAAUUGUUUCUUCGAUAUGUCUUCAUGUUCAAAUGUACAAAGUGUGGAAGAGGGGGGUGGCAGUCAUCAGAAAUCAUCCAUGUCUAAUGCGAAUUUGUCUGAAGACGGUGAAGGGCAUUUGGAGCCUGAGGAAGAUGAAGAUGAAGAUGUUGAUUUCAAUCCUUUUCUCAAGGAAAGUCCAUCAGAAGCCUCUUCUAGCUUGAGCUCUGAAAAUGAAGGUUUAGGUGCUGAUGUGGUGGACAAUGCAGCAAGUCCUCCUGCCUCCAAGAAUAGUAAUUUAUUACCAGAACUAACCAAUAAGAUGCAGGACAUUGCCGGCAGAGAUUCUGAUAAUGAUGAGGAAGUUGUGAUGCAAACUAGAGUUUCUCCUGAAGGAGAUUCUACAAAAGAGUCGGAAGAAGUUGUUCCAGGAAAAUGUAAUAGGACAUCGGCUUUGGAUCAACCAAAUAUGGGAACUUCUUCAGGAAAGAAAAAUGCUUCAAUCAGUGAAUCUGAUUCCAAUAUUGAUGUUAUUAAUGGAGAAUUGCCAGAUCUAAAAAACACCAGAAAUCCCAUAAUCGAUUUAGAUGAUGAAGAUGCUAUCUGCAGACGAACCAGAGCCCGUUAUUCACUUGCCAAUUUUACACUUGAUGAAUUGGAGACUUUUCUUCAGGAAACAGAUGAUGAUGACGACCUUCAGAAUGUUGAUGAUGAAGAAGAAUACCGGAAAUUUCUCACAGCUGUUUUACAGGGUGGAGAUGGUGAAGGUCAUUCAAUGACACGGGAAAAUGAAAAUGUUGAUGAUGAAGAUGAAGAAAAUGAUGCAGACUUUGAUAUAGAGAUUGAGGAAGCACUGGAAAGUGACCUUGAUGAAACUACACAGGAUAAAGAUCAGAAAGAAAAGUAUGAGGGAGUUGGUCGAAGGCCUGAGACUAGGCAAAAUAAACGGCAAAAAGUUUCUGUUCAAAAUAGAAGAAAGCUUUUAGGACAGGUCAAGAGACCUUUACGCCCUCUACUGCCAUUUGUGCCGAACAAACCAAUGGAACCCUCUGCUGUUGAUUGGUCUAGGAUUACUCCUGAGGGUGGCCUGCGUUUUCCUUCCUCAGCCCAAGUGGAUUCAAUAAACGGUUUUACUCCUCAUCAAAUAGGGCAAUUGUAUUGUCUAAUACAUGAACACAUACAACUUCUUAUUCAGGUAUUCUCUCUUUGUGUGCUUGAGCCCUCUCGACAACACAUUGCAAGUGAAGUUCAGAGAAUGAUUUCAGAGGUGGUUCAUAAACGCAAUGAUGAAUUAGCUCGGAGGAAUAUACCAUAUCCUGGAAUUUUCUUUUACCCUCCUUAUAUUCAUCCUUCAGUUUCAGAUGAGCUUCCCAAAUUUCGUCAGGUGCAGCACACUGGUGAUUCUUCUUUCCCAUCCCAUGUGCAAAGUGAUUGCCCUUCUACAAAUAAUAAUACUAUGGCAGUUUCUCUUAACUCUUCUCAUUCUGAAGGAAGACAUGAUGAGAAUGUUUAUGAUAGACAAGUGGAUUCCUCUCUAGCUAGAGAUGUUUCUUUGUGGAUGCCUCUGAUAAGUGGUCCCAUACUAUCCAUUCUUGAUGUAGCUCCACUUAAUUUGGUUGGGGGAUACAUGACUGAUGUUUCUGUUGCUGCUCAAAAGUAUCAACAGCGCCAUGUUGAAGCUCAAUUUGCUAAUCAUUUUGAGAGAGAACCACUGUUUCCUCUUCCUAAUUUUCAUUCAUUUCCUGAGGCUAAUGUUGGAGUUUCUAGAGGGGCUACCCCUCAAGGUCCCAAUACAGUACCGUCUUCUUUGCCUGCUCAUCAACAACCUAAGAAGACUUUAGCUGCUUCACUUGUUGAAAGUACCAAGAAGCAAUCUGUUGCACCUGUUCCAAAAGAAAUUGCAAAGUUAGCACAGAGGUUUUUUCCACUGUUUAACUCAGCACUAUUUCCACAUAAGCCACCUCCAGCAGCUGUAGCAAAUCGGGUGCUUUUUACUGAUUCAGAGGAUGAAUUAUUGGCUAUGGGAUUAAUGGAGUAUAACACUGACUGGAAGGCAAUUCAACAGCGUUUUCUUCCUUGCAAAUCUAAACAUCAGAUCUUUGUUAGGCAGAAAAAUCGCUGCUCUUCUAAAGCUCCUGAAAAUCCUAUAAAGGCUGUUCGACGGAUGAAAACAUCUCCCUUAACAGUAGAGGAGAAGGCACGCAUUCAUGAGGGACUCAGGGUCCUAAAGCUUGAUUGGAUGUCUAUAUGGAAAUAUAUUGUCCCUUAUAGAGAUCCAUCCUUACUACCCCGGCAGUGGCGUAUUGCUCUUGGAACUCAGAAAUCAUAUAAGACAGAUGCUGCGAAAAAGGAGAAACGGAGAUUAUAUGAGUCCAAGAGAAGAAAGCAAGCAGCUUUGGCCAGGUGGCAAACUAUAUCUGACAAAGAGGACUUUCAGGUUGAUAAUGCUGAUGAAGGAAAUAAUAGUGGAGAUGGUAACACAGAUGAUGAAGAUGAAGCUUAUGUUCAUGAAGCCUUCUUAGCAGAUUGGAGACCUGGAAAUUCUAAGGACAUAUCUUAUGAACAUCCUCUGGCAAGCCUUGGCAAUAGAAACUUGCAGUUGGGUGGGCAAGGAGAACUUCAACAAAAAAUUGGGUCCACACAUGAAAUUCUGCCUGCUUUGAGUUACUCCCAACAUCUGCAGAAUGCAUCCCAUUUAACUCAAGUUAGCUAUAACACAUCAUUAACCCCAGCCUCUACUGAUUUGUCUUCUGAGAGAAUCUCUACAUCAUCCAGAAGCCAAGUCAGUUUGCGGCCAUACCGAGUUCGUAGGAGAAAAUUUGUCCAGGUGGUCAAGUUAGCACCUGACUUACCUCCUGUAAAUCUUCCUCCAUCUGUUCGUGUGAUCUCUCAAUCUGCUUUCAAAAGCUACCACUGUGGAUCAUCUUAUUCUUCUAAAAUUUCUGGUGGUGCCUGUGGUGGGAAUGUGGGUGCUGCUGGAACAGAUCUGCUUCCAAGACUUCAUAUUGCAAAAUCAGGUUUUACCCAUUUAGUAAAUGUUGGGGAAAAAAAUGUCGUUUCCAAUGACAAAACUGCAAGUCUUUGUCCACAAGAUCCAGGACUACCUGUGGAACAACAUAUCCCAGAAGAGAAAGGUGCUGAGCCCGAUCUUCAGAUGCAUCCUUUACUAUUCCAGGCCCCUGAAGAUGGGAGUUUUCCAUACUAUCCGUUAAAGUGUGGCACGGCUUCUAGUGCUUUUGCUUUCUUACCACAAAAUCAACUUCAAACAAAUCUCAAUCUCCUCUGUAAGCCCCAUCCCAAUCCCCAAGUUGAUUCUAUUAACAAAUCUCUAAGGUCAAAGGAAACCUCCUUGAGCUCAUGUAUUGACUUCCACCCACUCUUGCGAAAAACCGAUAAUAUAAAUGAUUCUGUGGAUGCAUCCUCAACCACUAACUUUUCCAUUAACUUGACCUCAUUUCAAGGCAAUUCUGCUCAAUCACAAAAUCCAUCUGAUUGUGUGCUGAUUGAUCCACAAGUCAGAUGUUGUCAACUGGCUACUGGUACUGUACCAACUAGCUCUUUCGAGAAGGCGAAUGAACUCGACUUGGAGAUCCACCUAAGUUCUUCAUCUAGAAUUGGAUGCAGAGGUCUAACUGAACAUAGGUCUAAGGGACAACAAAUUAGUGCACUAGAUUGUGGACCUAUGGUGGGAAAGGUCAGUAGUCCAUCUUACCAAAGUAGCAAACAUUAUACUGCAGCCUCUGUUUCAAACAAACAGUGCAACAAGGAACAUGCUCUGGGUACUCGCGCAAUGGUUCAAGAAAGCAGGAACAUAAACAUAUAUACUGAAGAUAACACAGGGGACCAGUCUCUUCCUGAAAUUGUAAUGGAACAGGAAGAGCUAAGUGACUCUGAUGAUGAAAUCGGGGAAAAUGUACAGUUUGAGUGUGAGGAAAUGGCCGACUCUGAAGGAGAGGAAACAGACCAUGAACAGUUCCUUAACAUACAAAAUAAGGAUGUUCUGCCUGUUGCAGUCGAGGAUGUUGCAAGGACUGCAGCUUGUGAUGAUCAGCAAUGUGAACUAAGAAUUUGUGGUCCACAAGCAAUUGCUUGUGAUGCCACCGAAAGCAGUACAGCUUCCUGUAAGUUAGGAUUUACGAAAAAAUGCAAAGACAUCAGAGGCAGAGUAUUACAGUCAACUUCAGAUCCCUUGGGAUAUCUCAACAGUCCAAGACCUAGUGAAGAAAGCAGAAAUGGAAAUGACCAAACUGGCAAAAGUUGUUUAGAAAAUGGGCUUCCAUCUCGUCCCAAAAGAUCAUCAAGGAAGAUGAUGCCAUACUCAAAGGCUGGUACAGCAGAACAGCAUGGUACGGGUACCACUGGUGGUGCCCCAACAAGUAAAGCUAGAAAGCGUAAAGUUAGAAAUGCUUCCAUUACUGGUGUCCCUGGUUGUUCUAAUAUUGAUAACCUGGUUGAUUGUCAUUCUUGUGACAGUCCCAGAAUAGAUGAUCUAAAGUUGGUUGCAAAUUCAAUUACCUUGGAUUCUUUGACUAGUGGAGACAACACUGGAUCUCAUGUCUCUAAGGAGGUAGAAUGAUGAUCCAAUCUUCCUUUGUAGUUUCCGUUCUUUUCCUUGCUUUCAUUGUAAAUAUGGUCUUUAUCCAAAUGCUUAUUACCACCCCCCUCCCAAAAAAAAAUCAAUAUUCGUUUUUUUAUCUCCCAAGUAAUUUGAAACGGUCAGGUCAGGUUUGAUUA